CAGGAGCUGAGCACUGUCCGCUGUGCCUGCCUGCAAAUUCCGGACAUGGCUCAGGAGAAAAUGGAGCUGGACUUUGAGCCUGACAUAUCUGAUGGGGGCACCCUGAGGAGAGCCAACAGCGCUCCCCUGAUCCAUGGGCUCAGCGACUUUUCACAGGUUUUUCAACCAUACACAUUUAGAACUCGGAGGAAUAGUACAACCAUUAUGAGCCAUCACAGCUUGUUGCUGUCAUCCUCACCCAGCCGUAUCCCUAGUAGCAGACUGCAUCAAAUCAGAAAGGAAGAAGGAGUGGAUAUGAUGAACAGAGAGACUUCACGUGAAAGGGAAGUGCAAACAGCAAUGCAGAUAAGCCAAUCAUGGGAUGAGAGCUUGAGCCUGAGCGAUAGUGAUUUCGACAAGUCGGAGAAAUUAUAUUCUCCGAAGAGAAUUGACUUCACUCCAGUUUCUCCAGCACCAUCACCCACCAGAGGAUUUGGAAAGUGUUUUUCACCAUCCUUACAAAUGUUUGUGAGUAGCAGUGGAUUAUCGCCAAGUCCUGUUCCUAGUCCAAGACGAUUUUCGAGGCGGAGUCAAAGUCCAGUCAAGUGCAUUAGGCCCAGCGUCCUUGGUCCUCUUAAAAGAAAAGGUGAAAUGGAGACAGAAAGCCAGCCCAAGAGACUCUUCCAAGGCACUACCAACAUGCUGUCUACUGAUGCUGCCCAAUUGUCUGAUCUGAGCUCAUGGUGGUGUUAUCAAGGAGAAGAAAUUCCUGCCUUGACCAGAUGUGUGGAGCAUCUACAAAUGAAUGAAUAAUGUUAUUUACCCACAAACCACUGUGUAGAAAAGCCUACACGGAGCUGUCAGUGUCUCGGGUGGUGUUACGAGGCCGUAGGUGCCUUGGGGUGCACUGUUAUGCUGUAAGGGAUGUGUAUCAUAAGGUAGGGUGGAAAGGGGGGCUUUCUGUGUGUGAUUGCCACAUGCUGUUUCUGUUGCUGCUUUUUCGGUUUACUUUUUGUCAUUGGACUCACUCGUUUUGUCGUGUGGAGAUUGGUGCUGCUCUGACUGUGCUUUGGCUAUUGUGUUGCCAUCAGAAUGGAAGUCCAGUUCUUGCUCCUGCUGCCUGAUAGUCAGGGCCGUUUACUAUCUAGGAGGAAUCUUUUAAGAGUUGAAAAAUUCAAUGUUUUGUGCAUUCUGCUUUUAAGAAGCUGUUUGAACUACGAACAAGGAGCCCUUGGUGGUGCAGCAGUUAAAGCGCUUGGCUGCGAACCGAAAGGUUGGCGGUUCGAACCCACCAGCCGCUCCGUGGGAGAAAAGACCUGGCGAUCUGCUUCUGUAAAGAUUACAGCCUUGGAGACCCUGUGGGGCAGUUCUACCCCGUCCUGUAGGGUCACUAUGAGUUGGAAUUGACUCGACGGCAACAGGUUUGGGGUUUUUGGUUCGAACUAUGAAUGUUGUACGUAAGUCUGAGGUAUCAUAAAUUAUUUAAGUUUUAAAAGAGGAAAAUCACGACUGAGCUAUUUAAAAAGCCUGCCUGUAAUUUAUUGUUAUUUAUUAUCUAUAACUGUGAAAAAACGUCUGUGGUGAUAGAUUUUUUUUUUAAUGCUGAGCUGCCAUGGUUGGAUUGUCUGUAUUUAAUAUGCAAAUUUGCCUGCUAGGCUCAUCAUCCAUUCUUAAAUGAUUGUCAGCAUCAAAAACCACACUGCAUUUGUGUCUUUUGAAGGCAAAGAUCAUUGAAUUUUAAAGGAAGAUGAUGUGCUCUGAAGGUACUCAUGGACUAGUAAUGUUGUGUGGCCUGAAGGGAGACCUAGUCACUUAGCUUGUGGUUGUUCUGUUACAGCAUCAUAUGUGUUCUUUAUUUUAACGGGUAGUAACUGCUGUAGUGGCCAUUAAUGGUUUGCUUUCUUGUAUUGCUUUUAUCUGUGCAAAGUCCAUAGUCCUUCAACCUAACAAAAAUGUGUAUAUUAUGAAGAUUGUUUCCUGGUAUGCCAUUUUAAAGAAAAAUUAUUCCGAUAGUAUUCAGUGUAAUUAUUUGUCUGAGAACCAUGUUUAGCUGUUUCUGCCUAUAAGAAGAGAUGAUUUCAUCUUGUAGCAUAUUUAUCCACCUUCACUCUACUGUCUUCUUUGCCUUAAAGGGACACUUUUGGCCAUCUUUUUUGGGCUGUAAUUUAGGGCUGUUAAGAAAUAACCUUUGAAAUGUAGUGUUAGUUAAAUUUCUUUUUGAAAUUAUAGUAAUCCUGUAGGGGGUUGGGGGGUAGAAUUGGGGCAGGAGAAUGAGACUGUCCAGGUGGUAUGAGAACUAGGAGGGAAGAUGAUUUGUUUUAUUGUUUAAACCAAUGUUCAUGUUUAUUGUUUAAAUUGACUAGAAAGUUCAGUUUGUGCAGGAAGUGUUCUGAAAUAAAUAAAAGAUAUGCUCACUCUCGAACGAGCUUUGCUGACAGUACCCCUUUAUUUUUAUAUAAAGUCUAAUAUUUGAAAAGUAAUCAUUGUUAUAAAGUAAAAUACUUUCUUCCUAUUCUAAUAUUAUAUCACAUAUUUCAGGCUUCUCUUUGAAAAUAAGUAUGAGAGUUGAUACAAGAAAAUCCUAUACAUAAACUGUUUUUGCUUGACUGACUUAUAUAAUCACUGUGUUUCAUAUUAACUGCUUUUGGAAUAAUAGGAAGUUUUGUGAAAUGCUGGCCUUGUGUAUAUCUUAGAAUGCAAAUUUAAUAAAGUGUGUACACAUGCAUAAAAUUUU